AUGUCCGAAUUCAUCGGAUCGCGCAUCUCCCUCAUCUCCAAGAGCGACAUCAAAUAUGUCGGCACGCUACACGAGAUCAACUCGGAGAACUCGACAGUCGCUCUGGAAAAUGUCAAGUCAUUCGGCACCGAAGGCCGUCGCGGCAACCCAGACGACGAGAUCCCGCCUAACGACCAGAUCUACGACUACAUUGUCUUCCGUGGAAGCGACGUCAAGGACCUGACCAUUGUCGAGCCUCCCAAGGAGAACAAGCCCCAGCCUCCUCAGAUGCCCAAUGACCCCGCCAUUCUCGGUGGCGCCUUCCCUCAGCCCAAUCAGCAGCAGCAACAGCAGCAGCAGUGGCGCGGUCCUCAAGGCCCUCAGGGCCCUCAACAACCCCCACCUUUCCCUCCCUACGGCUACCCUCCNCCGCCCCAGGGCAACUCUCGUUUCGGUCCUCCCGCCGGUCCUCACGGCUUCCCCAACGCCCCUCCUCAGUUCUAUGGGCCCCCUCCUCCAGGCUGGUUCCCCCUCCAGGACAAGGCUUCCCUCAAGGUCCGCCCGGACAUUUCCCUUCUCAGCAGCCCAUUGGCCGUCCUGGUCAGCAACAACAGCACCAGCAACAACAGCCUCAAUCUCAGCAGCAGAGAGCUCCUGACGCUCAGGAAUCUCCUGCCCCUUCAGAGAAGCAAACCGAGUCCGCCAAGNGACACCGCCGCCUUCCCUCCUCAAGUCCCUGACCAAAAGCCCGCAGGCUCUGCAGACCAGGUUCCUUCUUUCGAGGCUUCCGCUCCUCCUCCACCAGUCGAUUCGAAGCCCGAUGUCGCUGCAGCUACCGCCCCUGCUCAAUCGCAGCAGAAGCCUCCCACUGGUCCUAAGAACACCCGUGUAGCCGUUCCUCUCGUUCCCUCCCACGCUAAGCCUGGCAACACCCCUUCAAACUUGGCCCAGCAGCAACAGAGUGCUACACAGACUGCCGCCGCCGCCGUCGCUGCCGCCAUGGCCAAGCUCCCCAUCUCGGCCACUACUCCCGUUGACUCCAGUGUUGACAACUUGGCAAAGCGUGUCGGUGAUAUGCGCACUGAUGACAGAACAAGACACCCGCGCCAGCCAAAUGCUGGUGGAUUCCCUGCUGGAAACCGUGGUGGCCGUGGAGGCAGACGUCCCAGCAACCGUGAUCUCGCCAAACCGGUCGAAGUACCUACGACAGAUUUCGAUUUCGAGACCAGCAACGCCAAGUUCAACAAGCAGGAUUUGGUGAAGGAGGCAAUCGCAUCCGGCUCUCCUUUGGGCACACCCACCACCGAUGAGCCCAAGCAUUCUCAGGAAGAUGCAUCCAACGGCUAUGAGGCUCCUCAAGCCGAGCGCGAGGUCGUCAUUCCUGGUGCCACCUACAACAAGUCAAGCUCGUUCUUUGACAACAUUUCAUCAGAACUCAAGGACAGACAGGCCGCUCAAGAGGAUGGAAGACGUAUNGGGGGUAUGGAGUUCAGAACCGAAGAGCGCAAGAAGAAUUUCGAAACUUUCGGACAGGCCAACGUGGAUAACGGAUUCCGUGGUGGAUACCGUGGUCGCGGCCGUGGCAGAGGGUUUGGCCGUGGCGGCCAGCGCGGCGGUUUCGCUCCCAGAGGCGGCUAUGCCCCCAGAGGCCGUGGUGCAGGCUUUGCUGGCGAGUCUUAG